CGGGAGGGACAGGAGGCAGCAAGAUGGCGCAGACUCAGGGCACCAGGAGGAAAGUCUGUUACUACUACGACGCGCCCUCACAAAGCCAAUGCUGAGGAGAUGACCAAGUACCAUAGUGAUGACUACAUCAAAUUCUUGCGCUCCAUUCGUCCAGAUAACAUGUCUGAGUAUAGCAAGCAGAUGCAGAGAUUCAAUGUUGGUGAGGACUGUCCAGUAUUCGAUGGCCUGUUUGAGUUCUGUCAGUUGUCUACUGGUGGCUCUGUCGCAAGUGCCAUGAAACUUAAUAAGCAGCAGACGGACAUCGCUGUGAAUUGGGCUGGAGGCCUGCACCAUGCAAAGAAGUCCGAGGCAUCAGGCUUCUGUUACGUCAAUGAUAUCGUCUUGGCCAUCCUGGAACUGCUAAAGUAUCACCAGAGGGUGCUGUAUAUUGACAUUGAUAUUCACCAUGGCGAUGGCGUGGAAGAGGCCUUCUAUACCACAGACCGGGUCAUGACUGUGUUAGUACCUGAGGAUGAAGACAAUGGAACAACACCAGCUCCAGGCAUUGUCCCAUAA